GGCAGCGGCUGCACCAUGAGAAGUGCCUCAGCCAAACCCUACAGCUGCAAGCACUGUCCAGGCAUGAAAGCCUUCCUUUCAGGGUGGUGGUGGUUGUUUUUUUUGUUUUUUUUUUUUCCUUUCUCCCUAUUUCUGCCUGACGGGUUUCAGCCUCCCGGGGACUUCCCGUGGCGGGAGGCCCGGCUGGGGGCGGGGGGCGGCCCAGCCCGCGGCCCGGCGCUGGCGGGCGGCGGGACACGCACAGCGGCCGCCCCGAGCCGCGCUCGCCGCCAGCCGGAGUGGGAUGUUUCAUCGUCCGGAAAUGAUGGCAAAGCAGUGACUGCGGCGGCGGGGGGCCGGCGGGGGGCGAGUGCGGGGUGGCGUGUUAGUUCGGCUGGAGGGAGUGCAGGCUCUGCGCUACUCGGUGAGAGCUGGCAGAUGUCCCAAGUGAGGGAACCUCUUCCUCCAGGGCCUGAAGGGCCAGAGCGGGCUCCGAGUGACGGCGGCGCUUUGAUCUCGCUCCCUCGAGAAAAAACUGACCAACAGAAUAUUGCAGCAGGAGAUAAAGACAUAAACCAGUCUUCCAGUAACCAACGUAUACAGCCAGAGAUACAAGAGCAGUCUGUCUGGGGAAAUCGCACUGAUGGUGACCUCAUCAGAACACAACCUCAACGUUUGCCUCAGCCAAAUACUUCAGCACUGGAAAGGGGUGAGGAAGAAAGUGGCAAAGUGCAAAAUGGCCACGCAGGCUUGAGUAAUGGAAGUGGAAUGCACAACGGAGUCAAGCAUGCAUCUGCAGACAACAGAAAACUUUCAUCUCCUGUUUCAGAAAAAAUGCACAGGAAAAUUCAGUCCACCUUGUCUGUCAACAGCAAUGGCAGCAAGAAGAGUAAAAUAAGCUCUGCGUUUUCUCAAAAGCCUUCACCUGAAGAUUGCUGUGUUCACUGUAUCCUGGCUUGCUUGUUCUGUGAAUUUCUCACCCUCUGUAACAUUGUUCUGGGACAAGCAUCCUGUGGCAUCUGCACAUCGGAGUCCUGCUGCUGUUGCUGUGGGGAUGAGAUGGGGGAUGACUGUAACUGCCCGUGUGAUAUGGACUGUGGCAUCAUGGACGCAUGUUGUGAAUCUUCAGAUUGCUUGGAGAUCUGCAUGGAAUGCUGUGGGAUCUGCUUCCCAUCCUGAAAUACUUUCUUUUCCUAGUUUUUUCUCUUAAAAACUGGAGACAGCUUUUCUUUAAAUACAUUUGAAGAGAGACAAGGUAGGAUUUUCACACAACCAACUGGUAUUGCACUGCUCAUUCCCGAUACAUAAAUAUAUUUUUUAAGCAAUCCUCAAGUCUAUAUUCUAACACAAAUUGUAUAGUUUUGUAUGUGAAUCUCAAGCUACAUUCCAGCUUUCUUUUGGCUUUGCAAAGGGAAGAUUUUACUGAAACUGAACUAUAGGCCUGCUGCUGCAGGUGAUACAUGAGGGCAAAGUUGCCAUUUGAAUUUCGUGACUGGUUUUGGUCAGAGAAGAGACUACAGGGCAAAGCCUUAAGUACUUGUCUUUACCUACUUUUAAUAUUUAAAUGCUCGAGUGGCUCCAUACAUAACAUUCCUUUACAGGAAUUCUUAAGUUCUUUUUUCAGUUUCCUUAGGGGUUGAAAACAACCUAUAAUUUUAAUCUAAGUUAAAUUCUUAGCACCAGUAAUCUACUGUUGAUUUUGCUACCGACAUCACAUUGACAGUGUUUCUUUUGUUUUGAAUAUUUCAUUGGUUUGAGUGAGAUUCUUCAUAUUUUCCAUUGUUGCUAAUACCUGUAGAUUUGGCAAACUAAAGUAAAUGUAGGUUUUGCCAUCUAUUGGAAUACCAGGAUUUGUUGCUGUCAGUCAAGACAAAAAAGAGAAAUUAUGUUUUACUGUUUUACUUAAGUACUAAUAUUACUUGAAAUGCUUCUUUUUAGAAAGAGACUUUGGCAAUUUCUGUAGACAUUAAAUAUAUCCUUACACUAACAAACUAAUAGAGUAAUAAAUCUUUAAAAUUUGGCUAUAAAAAGGAAAUUAUCAAAAGUUUACUCAAGAGUCAAAACAUAAAUGAUCCUGUCAGUUUUUGUUGUUUCACAGAUAGUGUUGCAUUAUUUAAUAUUUAUUCACUGUGUAGGAAAUAUCCAUAGAGGAUAGCACCAUUGAAAUACUGUGUAAAGACUAAAUUAAUACUGAAUCAAUCAAGGAAUUCUGUUGUCAUAUGCAAAAAGCAAAUACAGUAUUCUUAUACAUGUUUUAAGUGUUACUUAAAAAUAAGCUGUGUAGAAAAUUUGUACUUUGGAAACAUGUAUCCUUUUCAAAAAAGAAUAACAUGAUCUGAAAUGUUUGAUAAGUUGGGAUUUGGUUGGCAGUUUUUUAUCUAUUACACCGUUAAGGGCUUCUAGUUAAUAUCUGUUUUUGUCAUUGAAACUGUGAAAUGAAUUUGGUCCAACACAUAAAGAGGUUUACGAGAUUCCCAGAUUUAGGGAAUAAAGGUACCCAUUUUCUUUCCCAUUUGCUACUUUCUCCCCUCUACAUCUGUAAACUAUUAACUUUUCUGCACAAACCACCUGUACAUCUUGAUCUCACAUAGUGUAACUUUCCUAUCUACACUCCAGAUUUCCCAUUUGUAGAUUAUUGUAUGUAGUAAACUUGUUAAAAGGUCAUCAAUAGCCAAUACCUUACUUCUGUUAAGUGAAUUGACCGUUAAUGUCUCUUUCCACUGUAGUGAAUUCAGUUUAUGUAAAUGUGACAAACUAAAUAUUGCAGGAAUGUGAAGCUAAGUCAACAAAUUGUCUAAUAUUAACCCAAGCUUCUCCCUGUGAACACUGACUAGUAGUGCUUACUACUGCAAGUUAUCACUGAAGGUAAAAUAGCCAAAUCCUCAACUAUAACAGGAAGCUGGGAGGUGCCUUAACAUCUGCAGUAUUGUGGCAUAUUCUGGUGCAAUGCAGUUUUACUCAGAAGGUGUCUUAUCUGUUUCUUGACUCAUAUUUUUUGGUUUUGUUUUAUUUCCUCCUAUAUAUUGGGCCAGAUUCAGAUCAGUGUUGCAUUAACUAAGUACAUUUCCAUUAAUGUCAGAAUUUUCCAUUGGUGUAGCUCCAGUUAGGGAGCACAAAGGUAUUAUGGUAAUAGGCAGGCUAAUAAGCAAUCAUAUAGUUAAAUUGAUAAAUUCCCCGAGCUCAGAAUCAGGCCCAUGGGGCUCAAUUAUGACUCCUAAAAGUCUGAACCACAUUGGGAAGGGGGAAGAGGUGCAUUGGUUGAGUGGCAGUGCCUGGAGGCAUUUUGCCUUUGUAAGGCAUAAUGCCUCUGGGGAAACUGGGGGCAUCACGGUGAGCACUGGGACUUGAUGCACCUUGGAAAAAGUGUAGACAGUGCUUCACCCAUCGGAGGCCUGUGGUUGACACAGUGGUGAUGGGAACAUGUUCUCUGGGGCUAGGUAGCAACACUAGCUGUCCUUCCUUGUGUCCUCAUCACAGAGGGGUGAGUUAUGGCUGUUUCUUGUCUGUUUGUGCUUCUGGAGGUGGGAAAAAGGACUUCCUGUCUCCUGUCCUGCUGGGAUGUCUCUGCCUGAGCAGUUCCUGCUUUGUGUUUGGAAAACUGCACAUUUGCAUUUGAGUCUUUCAGUGAAUACUGGAUGUUAGUAAAAAUUACUUUUACCACAGGUUAAGACAGUAUGAAAAUGUAAAUGUCAAUCCAGGGAGUCUUUUUUCUAUGUAAAAAUUCACACAGUUUACAUAAGCCUUGUUUCUACUUACAGGAACUCAGAUAUUUUUUUCCUUCACUGAAAUUAUGAGAUCCUAAGAAAUGUAUUUACCAUUAAGAAUUUAUUUCCUGUUAAAAUACAAAUUCUAAAUACGAGAGCUCUAUUUAUACGUACAUGCAUGUGUACAAACACUCCUGCACAUCUGUACACAUACACACAUAUACAGAUACAUUACUUUUUUCCCACUUCCUUUGUGAAAUGCUAAGAACUGAAAAUGCUGUGUUUGUUUACCCUUGUAGUGAUUAGAACUAUCAAAGUAUUACAGACAAUUUAAAAAAUAAAACGUGAGAUUUGUUUGUCAUUUAAAUGUAAUCUGCUACUAUUUGUCAUAGAGAUAUUAGCACUUUUGUAAAAUGUAUCUUCGUAGCAGAGAAUAUUAGUGCAUAGUUUAAGGACUUUCUGUAUUUAUAUUAUUAAAUUCUGUUUUAUAAUUUUCACUCGUAGGCAAUCUUGUAAGCACCUUGUGUAAUAAAAAUAAGCAGAAUUAGAAGGAGACAAAUGUGAAAAUAUAGUUUAAGUAAAAUUAAGCCAUCAGAACUUAACUGUGUGUUUUAUAACAGUUCUUGUGAACCUGUACAGUGUUUCAGUAUAUAGCUCUGAAAACUGCCCCAUUUGAAAAAAUGGUAACUUGCUUUUCGUAUUUUAUAUUAACUGGAUGUGCUAUUCUCAAACACUAUUUUGAAAUAAAGAUCUUUAUUUUGAAA